AUGGAGCACGCCAGGGAGGGCCUGGUGGGGCUCGAGGGCGGCGAUCGGGGAGGGGUUGUUCAAGGAUACACCCCUGUCCAUUCCCAUGUUCAACUUUACCUUGUGCAGAUCGUGCUGGUCGUGUCGAUGUGCUUCGUGCUGGGCCAGAUCGUCAAGAAGUGGAACCAGCCCCGCGUGAUUGCCGAGGUUAUUGCAGGCGUGCUGCUCGGGCCAAGCGCGUUCGGGGCUAUCCCUGGGUUCACCAGCACCCUGUUCCCCGACGAAUCGCUCGAGGCUUUGACCCUCACGGCACACCUGGGUCUGAUCCUGUUUUUGUUUAUCGUUGGCCUGGAGCUGGACCCCGCCCUCCUCAAGUCCAACGCGAAGAAGGCUGGCAUCUUGUCCAUCACGGGGCAGGCUGUCACUUGGGUGCUGUCGCUCGGAGUGUCGCAGACAAUGAUCGCGUUGAUGGACGACGUCGAGGCUACCACGUCGUUUGUGCUCUUCAUCGGCGUCUCUCUCUCCGUCACGGCGUUCCCCGUGUUGUCCCGCAUCCUGGGCGAGAACUCCCUCCUCAACACCACCGUCGGGGCCCUGGUCAUCUCGGCCGCCUCUGUCGACGAGGCCUGCGUGUGGUGCCUCUUGGCGCUCGUGGUGUCCACGGUCAACGCCGGGAGCCCCCUCGACGCCUUCUACGUGUUCCUCCUCCUGGCCUUCUUCGUCGCGGUCAUGCUGACCGUUGUGAAGAAGGCGCUGCUGGUAGUGGUGCGGCGGGUGUCGGGCGAGGACACGGGCCCACCCUCCCGCGGCGUGGUGAUCCUCUGUCUGCUGCUGACCCUUGUGGCGGCCUGGGUGACCGACUUCAUCGGCAUCGACGCCAUUUUCGGGGCCUUUGUUGCGGGCAUCAUCGUGCCGAGGGAGCACAGCCUGCACGUGCGCAUCGUCGAGCUGGUGCAGGACGUGGUGUCGGUGCUGCUGCUGCCGCUCUACUUCGCGGUGUCCGGCCUGAAGACGGACCUCACUCUCCUGGACAGCGCCACCUUGUGGGGCAUCUGCGCGCUCACCAUUUCCGCCGCCUGCUUGGGGAAGAUCGGUGGCGGCUCCGCCGUGGCGAGAUUUUUCGGCAUGACCCCGCGCGAGUCGCUGGCCGUUGGCGUUCUGAUGAACACGAGGGGGCUUGUGGAGCUCAUCAUCCUCAACAUCGGCCUCGACGCAGGAGUGCUCACCGAGGAGGUGAUGGCGAUCAUGGUGGUUAUGGCCUUGGUCACCACGUUUUUGACGGCACCCCUAUCGUCUUUCGUCUAUCCCCUCAAGUACCACACCGUUCCUGGCCGUAAACGCCGCCGCCGGGCGUCCGAGGAGUCCGCGGCCACGAAGAACAGCCUCUCUCGCAGGCUCUCCUCCAUCCCGGAGCUCGGCGAGUUCGCUCAAGAGCGGCUCACGCUCAUGGUUCUCGUCGCGAACCCCGCCGCCCUCGACGCGGUCACGAGGAUAGCGAGGUUAUUCAGCGGGAACCAGCCGGCAGACAAGAAUGCUGCCGGAACGACCCCUCGGCGGAAAGGAACCGGCGCACUUGCGGACAGAGAGGACGGACCGGUCGUGCACGCGCUCCGGCUUGUUGAGAACACCGACCGCUUCUCGAGCGACAUGCGAGCGCUGGAGAAGGGCGAGACCCUGAACAAGGACGGCCUCGCCGGCAUCCUCCAGGGAUUCCUCGGGCUGCUCAUGAUCAGGGUCAAGUCGCACAUCUCGGUGGGCACCCCGACCGACUUCUGCCAGGACGUGGCCCGCCUGACGGACGAACACGGCAUCUCGACGGUCGUCUUUCCCUGGGACGCCGGGACGACGCACCCGAGCGCGCAGCUCGCCAGGGUGGAGAAGCUCAUUGAAACCACCCAGCCGCAGUUCGUACUAGCGUUCAACUGCCAAACCGUGCUGGCGGCAGGCGGCCUGAGCUUGAUGGUUCCGUUCUUCGGCAGCGACGACGACGUCGCGGCCCUCCUUCUCGCCCUCGCCAUCGUUGCUCGCGACACGUCGGCGGAAGUGGUCGUUCUGUCUUUCCUCGAGCCCGAGAACCCGGCGACGGGGUCGCGGGAGGUGGACAAUUCCCGGCAAGAGAACGGAUCCGUCAUGACCGCGUUCGAACAAGGACCCCCGGGAGACACCGACCUGGAAACGGGCGGCGCCGUGGCCGUGCAACCGGGGUCGAAUCCCGGCACCCCAGCUCCGACCGCCGCCGCUGCCGCUGCCACCCCCACGGUCGGGGGCAACGGUAGCAGCGGGGCAGCUUCUACUGCUACUGCUACUGCUUCCGCCGGGGUAGUCGGGUCCGACACGCGCAGCUCAUGGUCGGCCCGCGAGCUCCUGGCGAGAGCGGAGGGGCUCCCCCAGGUUCGCGUUACGCCGGCGUGGUCCCUGACCGCGGCGCUCGGCGCGAUGUCGUCGUCUUCGUCGACCGUGAAGUCGGAGGCACCCUCGAUCGUCCAGCAGGUGGCCACCGCACAGUCCAUCGGGCUCGUGCUCUGCGGCUGCGCCGGGUCCGGGCAGCCGCCGCUGGUGACGGUGCCCGGGCAGCAGCAGGGGGGGGGAGGAGGGGCGGCGGGCGCCGGCGCCGGCGCCGGUGCCGGUGCCGGUGCCGGUGCCGGUGCCGGUGCCGGUGCCGGUGCCGGUGUCGGUGCCGGGAGCAGCGACGUGCCGCUUGCCGGGACGAGGUCGGUGCACGGGAAGUGGCCAUCGCUGGGAAGCCGGCACGGACCCGGCUCGCUCAUGACGCGCAGCUGGCACGGGAAGUCGCGGCACCACGCCCGCGGGAGCCACCGCGCUCGCGAGGCCGCCGCCGCCGCCGCCGCCAGCAACGCCCGCCUCGGAGGGAGCCGGCCGGGGUCCCACUCGAGGCAGAGCGGCUUGGCGUCGGCGGUGAAAGGGGUGAUCAACACCGCCCUGUGGGACAUCGUCGGGGACGUUGCGGCGGGGCUGGUUGUUUGGGGAGCCUCGCAGCAUGGCCUGUGCGUAACGCCGGUUGUGUGCCCGGUUAUCGAAUGUGCUACGUGA